UGUAACCUCAAAACUCCUGAGCUCGCUCAGUCACCCUCACCCUGCAGCCUUGCCACCUGCCCUCUACUGCCUGCCUCCUCGGCUAGCCAUGCUGGAGCAUCUGAGCUCGCUGCCCACGCAGAUGGACUACAAGGGCCAGAAGCUAGCUGAACAGAUGUUUCAGGGAAUUAUUCUUUUUUCUGCAAUAAUUAGAUUUAUCUACGGGUACGUGGCUGAACAGUUCAGGUGGACUGUCUAUAUAGUUAUGGCCGGAUUUGCAUUUUUGUGUUUGCUGACACUUCCUCCCUGGCCCAUCUAUCAGUGACAUCCUCUCAAGUGAUUACCUGUUCAAGACUCAGGCACAGAAGAUAAGAAGCCAGGGGAGAGAAAAAUUAAGAGGCAUGCUAAAAAUAAUUAAUUGGAGUUUUCAUGAUCAG